ACUUCCUCAUCAAAGUGCCACUCAUUUUUAAUUAAAAUUUAUCCAGCUUUUGAAUAUACGCCCAUAAGAAUUACGAAAAUACAGAGUACUCUCUCUCUCUGCCUCCCUCUCUCGCUGCUCCACCUCGCCGGAAAAUAGACGGCGUCUCCAGCCACCUCUCACCAGGUUUAGGGUCUGGAAUCAGCAAUUUGUUUAAAAGAAGAUGAGUUGUUGUCCGAGUUCUGGAUUCAAUCAUCAACCAUGUAGCCAAUCUCAGAAGAUGUCCAUUGGGGUGGUCGUUGAGUCCGUUGCCAAACCUCGUUGUGGAUCCAUGAAAGAGGCUGGUGUUUCAAUCAGGCAUUCACAGAAGGAAGCAUCUGAUGCACAGUAUUUGACGGUAAAGCACAAUGUACAGAGUGGAGUGAAGGCCUCUAGUAUUGGGACUAUGUGUAAAAAUGAUGCUCAGGAGGGUUCUGUAAGGGUUACAAGUGGUUUGCCUGCUGCCAGCUUGAUAAUGAAAGAUUCUGAUCAUAUCGAAAACCAAACAUCUAGGCCAGCUAUAAGUUGUUUAUAUAGAAAGCAGCCAACACGUUCGAUGCAGUCCUCUGCUAAUCAAGUACUGUUAGAACCCGUUGUUGGCAAGAAGACAGAACCUGACAGGGCUUCUGGGAAGGUUAGCAAAAGGGCCUCUAUGGAUGAAUCACUCGAGAAAUUUUCAUGUGCACCAAAACAAGUGUGCUUCCCAGUCAAAGAGGUGUUGCCAGAGCAGCAAAACGAAAUGGAGAACAGAAGCAAAGAAGUUCUGAGGAUGAAGCUGCGGGAGAUAUUAGGAACUGUUCCUUCAGGUAACAAGAUAUUAGGUGAUUCAAGGACUAGUGAAGCGAAUGCUAAUGAGAUGAUGAGAGAACAAACUCUUAAAGGUGAUGCCCAUUUCAAGCCCCGGCAGAAUUCCGAUACUAUAGAAACUGAUUCUGAGAAUGUGGACAUGACGAAUAAGAGACCAGUGACUCGUUCUUUUGCCAGAAGGAGGCCUCCUGCUAAGAUGCAACCAAGGAACUUUAAGCCCAAAUCGUUAUCUACUGAUAAAGAGGAGCGCAUUGGCAGUGAUGUCUUCACUUUCGCUGAAAAAUCUGCACCUUCACAACCUUGUGCAGUUACUCAGGGCUUCUCAAUUGUUGAAAAAAAUGAUCAUACCAAAAGGAGUUGUGGAAUCAAACCAGGGGAUAAGUUAUCUCCUGUAAAAGACUUGAGAAAUAUCCAGACGGAGAUAAGUGGGUGUGAGAAGGAACCACCUGCUGUGGAAUUCCUGUAUGGUGGUGUAGCGACAUUUUCUAAGCGUGGUUGUCGUGAUGAGAAUCCUGAACCUGAGGCAGCAAUGCGGAACGUAAAGUUCAACUACUCUCCUGUAGUUAGGGAGAAAAGCCAGCAAUCCGAUGCAGAGAGUCCAGCCCCACUGAAAGAGUCACAGUGGAACAUAAAAUUUAACCACUCUCCUGUAGUCAGGGGGAAAAGUCAGCUACCUGAUGUAGAAAGUCCAGCUCUACAGAAAGAGUCACAGUUUUUUGAACCCUUUGGUGGUCAAUCUCCAGUGCCCCAUGUUGACGAUUUGAGUUGUCCACGGUAUAAAAUGUUAAAAGCUGUUCUGAAUUCUCCUCUGCGCACAUAUGAUAAGAAGCAUAAUGUCCGUGGUUCUGCUCAAGCAGAGGCAGAGAUUCGUCUUGAAGCUAAAUGUUCAUUCAAAAGCAGUACAGAUUCAGAUAAGGAUACUUUUGCAUCUUCUGAUGAUGUGGUUAAUGUCGAAGAUACCAAUUCCAGUACCUCCGAGUCAUCUACAGAAGAAAAGAGUGCUGGAAAGGAGCUGUUUCCUCCAAUUAGAGGAGAGUUUGAUAGCACUGAGGAGGUUUCAUCUGCUAAGAAAGCCUAUCCAGAAGUAGCUGUUCACACAUCUCCAGAGAACGGAAGUAGGCCUGUUUGGAAACCUGUGGUCGUCCGACGUAAACGACAUAGCAGUCAUGAUGUUGACUCUACUGAUAUCAGUCCUACUUUGCAUAGUCCAGAAGAAAGGGGCAAUUCUGGUGAUGUGUUAACGGAAUGCUUGGAUGAAAUUCCAGAGGACGGAACCGACGGAUUGGCCAGAGUGGUUUCAUUGUUAGGCUUGGAAUUAGAAAAGGUUAAAACCAAAAUGAUGUCAGUGACAAACAAAAAAUGCUCAGAAAUACUGGUGUCUGCUGCCGAAGAAAUUCAUUCACAGCUGCAGAAUGUUGAGUCUCAGAUUCAGACAGAUUUAGUGGUUUCAUUGUUAGGCUUGGAAUUAGAAAAGGUUAAAACCAAAAUGAUGUCAGUGACAAACAAAAAAUGCUCAGAAAUACUGGUGUCUGCUGCCGAAGAAAUUCAUUCACAGCUGCAGAAUGUUGAGUCUCAGAUUCAGACAGAUUUAGUGAAACUAACAAGCCUCAAGACAUCUAAAAGGAAACAUCUGGAGACAAGGCUUGAAGAACAACAGGAACACUUAAAGGUUAUGCAUGAGAAGUUCAAGGAAGAGAUCAGUCAAUACCUUCAAGACUGCAAAGGUACCUUGGAAAGGCUGGAAACACAGAAUAUUGAGCUACGAGGGGCUGUAAAAAGGCAAAAGGUGUUACAUAGUAUGCUUCUCUUGCAAACGGAAGCAGCUGUGGAGACCCAUCUCAUUGAUGCACAAAGACAGAUGAUAUUUGUCCACAAGAAGGGAAAACAAAAGAUGCAACAGUUGAAAGCCGCCAUUACCGGAUGUUUAAAACAUGGAAUUUCCGGCUGACCAGCGAAUUGAAAUGCCUUGCAUUAGGCAGCUGGAUUUUUUUUAAUUUUUUUUUUAAAAUUCUGGGUUCUCUUGUAGCUUGGAUUACCCGUGGGAAUUAGCGUGGAGAUAGUUUUGUAAUUAAGAGGAGGUUUUAACUUUUAAUGCUAACUAUAGUCCCUAAUCCCUAUUACCAAUUGAAUCCUUAGCUAAGGCUGUAUAUAAGAAAUCGUGUGAGCAUUCUAUAUAGAGAGUGCUAGUCUACUUGUUAAUUUGUUAUACACCCGAGUGGCCGAGUUACAUAUUCUAUGUACAUGGCACACCUUGAUGAA